GAGAACAUUCGACUUCAAGAAAGUUCUCAAAAGUCAGACAGUGAAACUUCUAUCUGUUAACUCUCCCGGAAUCCCAUUCGCGUAUUGAAUGACUAACCAUGGCAUUACCUUUGAAAAACCUGAACCAGGGGUUGAGCGUGGCUGAACUAGAUGAUGAGAUGCAAAAGGCUAGCCGCACCAUUGUCCAAACAGAGUUGGGCAGCAAAGAGCAUGUGUAUGCACUACAUCGGAUGGGCGUUAUCUACAGAUUCAAGUACGAGAAGACCCGCAAGCUUGCUGACAUAACAGAGUCAGUGAGGCUGGGCCAAGAAGCGAUCCAUGGUGAUGUUGAGGAUGAGUUUGAAACUGACGACAUAUUGUCAAUGUACGAUGAGCUGGCCGCAUCAUUAUCGUAUCUGUUUGGUGUGAAUCGCCAGGUACGCGAUAUUGAUGCGGCCAUUCAUUGGCAACAAAAGGCUUUACUACUUUCCCAAGAGGACUCCUAUGACAUGUGGUGGGCACGAAAACGGCUAGUCCAAUGCAUCCAUACAAAAGCCGCCCAUACACGGAAGAUGGAAUUCAUUGAGGAUGCCAUCAAAAGGCUGAAGACAUUCAUAGAGGAGCCCAAUGACAGCAAUCCUUACUUUGCAGACUUAUUGAGUCGGUUCGCAGGGACUCUGGUGAUGCGCUACAAGGAGUCAGCGUCACAAGACUUGGAGGACUUGGAGAUGGCCAUUCGCUAUGGUUAUGAAGCAUCCAGCAUUGAGGAUUUGACGGAGCGGGAUCAGAUAUAUGCGGAGCUUGCAACUGAUUUGCGCGAACACCAUCAAGCUACGGGGUUAUUCGGUGGUCUGGAAGAGUCGUUGAGGAUUACCAAGCUCAACCUUGCAAGCCAGACCAGAGAAUCACGAUGGAAGUUCGAUGAUCUUUGCGACUAUGGCAGUCGCCUCCUUGCGAAAUGUCAUCGAAUGAACAACACACGAGCUGAUCCGGAUGAGUUCUUCAAACUCUUCGGGGAAGCUAUCGAAGUCGCUUCCGAAGCGGAGAAAAUUUGCUACGAGAGCUCAAUGCCCGAUGGCGACAAGAUUGACCUACUCAUCCUCUUUGGCGAAAUAUAUUGCCUGCAGCAGAGUUUAGAAGAUGAUUUGAGUCAUGGGGUGCGGGCCAUUAGCUUGUUACAGCAGGCCUUGUUUCAUGGACCGGAGAACCAUUGGGCGAUAGUCCGAGCGCUUUCGACUUUAUCCAAGGUCCAUGAAGCCCAGCACAAUAUACUAAAAAAGUUGGGGCAUAAUGAUGAGGCUAACGAACACCUCAAACAAGCCGUUGAGCAUGAAAGGCAGGUCCUUGACAGCUUUCCGGACAAGAACAACCCGAUAUUUGCAGAGCAUUGCCAGCUUAGUGGAGAGCUCCUCAUCAAGGCGUAUACAGAGAACUCUGAUGAGUCGCUGCUAAAACUUGCCAUCAGGAACUACAUGGCAGCCUUGAGGGCUGAAAAUGGGUCUCCAGUUGCCCGCAUAACGGCUGGAAUGGCUGCAUCGUUAUUCAUGGAAAAUGACCAGGAUGCUCACCAGGUACUCCAGCAUGCCAUGGCCAUUCUCCCCCAACUCAAUCCCCAGGACAUGGCGAUCGAGGACUUACAGUACACACUACGCCAGGUCUCAGGACUCUCCAGUAUGGCUGCAGCCCGCGCGCUUGGGGUCGGACGUCCCGUUGUAGAAGCCUUGAGCUCGUUGGAAACCGCAAACUGUAUCAUUACAGGGACAUUUAUCAAUACACGCGAAGACUUGUCCCAAUUGCGUCUCAUAAAUUCACAACUCGCUGGACGGUACGAAUUAGGCCGAACUGAAAUGUCUACCCUCACCAAACAGCAGAACACAGCAGGCGGCUUCUUCACUGCCAGGUCUAGAGCCAGAGUACUCUCUGAAGAGCUCAAAGCAAUAGAAACCCAGAUUAGGGAAGUGGAAGGAUUCAAGAAGUUCCAAAAGCCGUUCGAUGAGGAGGACUUUCGAGCCCUAGCCUCUGAGGGUCCCAUCGUUACAAUCAAUGUGUCGCCGCGACGCUGCGACGCGAUCAUCGUGACUGAAGAACACAUCGACUCUAUAGCUCUCCCACUGUUGACCGAAGAUGAACUCGAAAAGCGGCUAGCAGAACUAGGAUCCUAUGGCAACGAUGCUAGGAGGGAUGCACGACUACGUCGAAAGAAGUCUCCAGACGGGCAAGUGAGCGGUAUCUUGUCCUGGUUGUAUACGGUGGCAGUGAAGCCUAUCCUAGAUGCCACACCGCUGAAGCCAGGAAAGCGCAUAUGGUGGGUAGCAGCAGGUCUCGCCGGCCGCGCACCUCUUCACGCUGCUGGAAACCACCAAGAAGGCUCUACCGACAACGCCCAAGCACGUGUGAUAUCUUCUUAUACCCCGUCCUUCAGGGCGUUACGGCAUGCGAGAAAUCAACCAGCCCUGAACUCGCUUCAGCGAUCCAUGUUGCUUGUGACUGUGGCAUCUAACCCGGCUCCCCAUAGGAGCCUGAAUACGCAGUACGAAGAGGAAGUCACAAAACGCAUUUUCGACAAGAAUCUCACUCAUCUAUCGCAGCCUGACCCAGAAUCUGUCUUGAGAGAAUUACCCCAUCACCCAUUCGUUCACUUUGCGUGUCAUGGUGUCGUAUCAGUACUAAACCCCUCGGAAAGUGGGCUCGUGCUAGUCAAGGACAACAGGCCUGCAAUGGUAACGGUAUCGGAUCUCCAGUCUGUCCAGAUCAAGGCGGGACUGGUCGCCUAUCUAUCGGCCUGCUCCACAGCAGAACAAAAGGAUCCCUACCUUGUAGACGAGGCCCUACACUUGAGCAGUGUAUUCCAGGCGCUAGGGUUUCGGCACGUGAUCGGAACAGUUUGGGGCGCAGAUGACUUUGCGGCCGGCGAGGUUGCAAGGAGAUUCUACGAAAAGAUCAGUUCAGCUCUGAGCUCGGGUCAGAGCAGCGAGUUGCACGUCGCAAAAGCUCUGCACGACGCGGUGCUGGAAUACAAGGCCAUGGUGGAUCCGCAGAAAGAUGUGCUGAAAUGGGCUCCAUUUGUGCAUAUCGGCACAUGAGAGAUUUGCCAGGCGUCUUUCGAUUUUAACAUGCCUUCGUUAAAAAUUACUAUAAUAAUAUUCUUUUAUUCGUUCAUCUGAUCUAUAUAUAUCGCAGCAAGCCCCCAGUCACGACCACAGAUUCAAGAGCCUUCCCCGAUGCAGUAAACCUUGACCAUGCCAGUCGAAUCGUUGCCUUUAAAGAUAUAGACCUUGCUAGAUUCAAUAAGGGGCCGUGCAGUCCUCAAGCGGACCAUGCAGACUUCAGAUUGCCCCAUCCUAGCUUUGCAUCACUGCGCUCGCUCGUAUCCACCACAAUAAUUAGGUUGUCGACCAAAGCUUCUCUGAAUUGGUCAAGA